AUGGAUCGAACAUCUGCGUCCCGGCCGGACUUCUAUCUGAUUACCGACCAGGAUACAGUAUACGAACAGGAUCUGCUGCGCGAUGCCGGCAGUGUCAAGCCAUGGCUUGCCUAUAUCGAGUUCAAGAAGCAAAAUGGCACGCUUUAUGAGCAAGCCUUUGUCAUGGAGCGUGCUUGUCGAAAGUUGCCGCGAUCAUACAAGCUAUGGAAAAUGUACCUGGAGUUCCGGAUGAAGCAUUUAAAGGGUCGGAAUCCCACCGUCUACCGCGCUGAGUACGUCAAGGUCAAUGCUCUCUUCGAACGAGCUUUGGUCCUCUUGAACAAGAUGCCUCGCAUCUGGGAGAUGUACCUCUCCUUCUUGCUCCUACAGCCUUUGGUAACCCAGACCCGGCGGACAUUUGAUCGCGCGCUACGCGCCCUGCCGGUCACCCAACACAAUCGAAUCUGGAGACUCCUCAAGGGCUUCGCGCGAUCUGCUUCGGGGCCAACCGCCGUCAAGAUUUGGGCUCGGUACAUGCAGAUUCACCCGGAGAACGCAGAAGAAUACAUUGAGAUCUUGAUCGAGAUGGGCAAGUACACAGAAGCUAUUAAGGUCUUUAUGGAGAUUCUGAAUAACGAGCGCUUCCAAUCCAAGAAUGGCAAGAGCAAUUUCCAGCUCUGGACCCAGAUGGUAGACCUCUUGGUUUCAAAGGCCAAAAAGAUCGAGACCGGUCCCCAAGUGGGGAUUGACGUUGAUGCCAUUCUCCGUAGUGGAAUUGAGCGAUUCGCUGAUCAGAGAGGAAAACUCUGGGCUGGUUUGGCCACUUACUGGAUCACAAAGGGGAGCUUCGAGAAAGCAAGAGAUGUGUUUGAAGAAGGGAUCACAACCGUGAUGACGGUUCGGGAUUUCACGCUCAUCUUUGACUCGUAUGUAGAGUUUGAAGAGUCUAUCAUCGGCAAUUUGAUGGAGGCUGCGGCUGUCCGUUCAGAAAAGGGCAAGAUUGAUGAAGAGGCUGAUUUUGACCUCGAUCUUCGCAUGCUACGAUUUGAACAAUUGAUGGACCGACGACCAUUCUUGGUCAAUGAUGUUCUAUUGCGACAGAACCCGCACAAUGUCAUUGAAUGGGAGAAGAGAGUGGCUUUGUGGGGUGACAAUAAGCAGGAAGCUGUCAGUACCUACACAGCUGCUAUUGCGUCAAUCAAUCCCAAGAAAGCGCACGGAAAGUUCUCCGAGUUGUGGGUCAACUAUGCCAAACUCUAUGAGGACGGAGGGGAUCUGGAGACUGCUAGAGUCAUUUUCGACAAGGCCGUCAAGGUUCCCUUCAAGUCUGUCGCUGAACUCGCAGAGACAUGGUGUGAAUGGGCGGAGAUAGAACUUCGCUCGGAGAACUUUGACCGAGCCGUCGAUAUCAUGGCCAAGGCAACACAAGCUCCCAAGAAGUCUACCGUGGACUAUUUCGACGAAAGCUUGUCCCCACAACAAAGAGUCCACAAGAGCUGGAAGCUGUGGAGUUUCUAUGUUGAUCUCGUUGAAAGUGUGUCCUCGCUGGAAGAGACCAGGAAAGUAUAUGAGCGGAUCUUCGAACUGCGUAUUGCGACACCUCAAACAGUGGUUAACUACGCGAACCUCUUGGAGGAAAACAACUACUUCGAAGAUUCCUUCAAGGUGUACGAGCGUGGUUUGGAUCUUUUCAGCUAUCCAGUGGCCUUUGAGCUUUGGAAUUUGUACUUGACCAAGGCCGUGGAUCGUAAGAUUGGCAUUGAAAGACUUCGAGAUCUCUUCGAGCAAGCUUUGGAUGGAUGCCCGCCCAAGUUUGCCAAGCCUCUGUACUUGAUGUAUGGCAACUUGGAAGAAGAGCGCGGUCUCGCCCGACACGCGAUGCGCAUAUAUGAGCGUGCGACCAGGGAUGUUUCUGAUGAGGACCGAUUCGAGAUGUUCGAGUUCUAUAUCACUAAGUCAGCUUCGAACUUCGGACUUACCUCCACGAGACCCAUCUAUGAGCGGGCCAUCGCGGCUCUGCCAGAUCAAGAGGCCAAGGAGAUGUGCCUCAAGUUCGCCGAGAUGGAACGCCGACUCGGUGAGAUUGAUCGGGCACGUGCGAUCUACGGUCAUGCGUCCCAAUUCUGCGAUCCUCGAACCAAUGCGCCGUUUUGGCAGAAGUGGGAGGCAUUCGAAGUGCAACACGGCAACGAAGACACGUUCAAGGAGAUGCUUCGCAUCAAGAGGAGUGUCCAGGCUCAAUACAACACCGACGUCAACUUCAUCGCCUCGCAGGCUAUUGCCCGCAGUCAGCAGCGCCCUCAGGACGGCGCGCAGGGCGAAGGCGAGGCUUUCGAGCGUGCCGAUGCCAUGGCAGCACUGGAGCGCGAGGCUCGUGCCCCAGUGGGCUUUGUUGCCGCCAGCACUGGACCCGAAGGGGGCAAUCGCCCUCCACCUGCGGGCCAAGAACAACCCGCCGCACCGGCCAACCCGGAUGCCAUCGACCUCGACGACGAGAUGGACGAGUAG